ACGUCAAGCUUUCAUUUCCCAUAGGAUUGAACAGCAAUAGCAAUAGCGAUGGCAAAGACCAAGGGCGAGAAACGCAACAAGUCGGCGAUCAACGAAGUUGUCACCCGCGAGUGCACCAUCCAUUUGGCCAAGCGUGUGCACAACAUCGGCUUCAAGAAGCGUGCACCGCGCGCCAUCAAAGAGAUCCGCAAGUUUGCCGAGCGCGAGAUGGGCACCAACGAUGUCCGCAUCGACACUCGCCUCAACAAGCACAUCUGGUCCAAGGGUAUCAGGUCAACGCCAUUCCGCGUCCGUGUGCGUCUCGCGCGUCGCCGCAACGAUGACGAGGACUCUCCCAACAAACUGUACACAUUGGUUACGUUUGUGCCCGUGCCCACAUUCAAGAAUUUGCAAACGGAGACCGUUGAGUCUAGCGACGAUUAAACAAAACUAUAGAAAUGAGAAUCACACAACAAAAACAACUAAACAGUUUACGCCGCUAACGAAAAUACGUUAAUAAAAAGUAAUUUUUAUUUAGAAAUAACAAUAA